AUGAUAUCUUGCAUGUGUUUCAUACUGGAUGUAGGAGUUGGCGACCUGGUGCGACCCGGGGAGGACCCGGGAAGGACCCCGGGAGGACCCGGGGAGGCCCAGAGGAGGACCAGAGGAGGACCAGAGGAGGACCAGAGGACCCGGGAAGGACCCGGGGAGGACCAGAGGAGGACCAGAAGAGGACCCGGGAAGGACCCGGGGAGGACCAGAGGAGGACCAGAGGAGGACCCGGGAAGGACCCGGGGAGAACCAGAGGAGGACCAGAGGAGGACCCGGGAAGGACCAGAGGAGGACCCGGGAAGGAUCAGAGGAGGACCCGGGGUGGACCAGAGGAGGACCCGGGAAGGACCAGAGGAGGACCCGGGGAGGACCAGAGGAGGACCCGGGGUGGACCCAGGGAGGCCCAGAGGAGGACCCGGGGAGGCCCAGAGGAGGACCCGGGGAGGACCAGAGGAGGACCCGGGAAGGACCCGGGGAGGCCCAGAGGAAGAACCGGGGAGGACCAGAGGAGGACCCGGGAAGGACCAGAGGAGGACCAGAGGAGGACCCGGGAAGGAUCAGAGGAGGACCCGGGGUGGACCAGAGGAGGACCCGGGAAGGACCAGAGGAGGACCCGGGGAGGACCAGAGGAGGACCCGGGGUGGACCAGAGGAGGACCCGGGGAGGACCAGAGGAGGACCCAGGGAGGACCAGAGGAGGACCCGGGGAGGACCAGAGGAGGACCCGGGGUGGACCCGGGGAGGACCAGAGGAGGACCCGGGAAGGACCCAGGGAGGCCCAGAGGAGGACCCGGGGAGGCCCAGAGGAGGACCCGGGGAGGACCAGAGGAGGACCCGGGAAGGACCCGGGGAGGCCCAGAGGAAGACCCGGGGAGGACCAGAGGAGGACCCGGGAAGGACCAGAGGAGGACCCGGGAAGAACCAGAGGAGGACCAGAGGAGGACCCGGGAAGGACCCGGGGAGGCCCAGAGGAAGACCCGGGAAGGACCCGGGGAGGCCCAGAGGAAGACCCGGGGAGGACCAGAGGAGGACCUGGGAAGGACCAGAGGAGGACCAGAGGAGGACCCGGGAAGGACCAGAGGAGGACCAGAGGAGGACCCGGGAAGAACCAGAGGAGGACCAGAGGAGGACCCGGGAAGGACCCGGGGAGGACCCGGGGUGCACCCGGGGAGGCCCAGAGGAGGACCCGGGAAGGACCCGGGGAGGCCCAGAGGAGGACCCGGGAAGAACCCGGGGACGACCCGGGGUGCACCCGGGGAGGACCAGAGGAGGACCCGGGAAGGACCAGAGGAGGACCCGGGAAGAACCAGAGGAGGACCAGAGGAGGACCCGGGAAGGACCCGGGGAGGCUCAGAGGAGGACCCGCGAAGGACCCGGGGUGGACCCGGGGUGGACCCGGGGAGGCUCAGAGAGGAGGACCCGGGAAGGACCCGGGGUGGACCCGGGGAGGCUAUUUUUGUUUCCAAAUAGAAAAAAAGGUUAUUCAUCAUUGUGUUGA